UCACAGGCGGCGGCGGGCGCGGCGGUCUUGCCCAGCGCGAGGCCGGCGCUGUGCUCACCCCGGAGAUCGCUGCUCUCCAGUCGGGCGCAGACGGCGGCUUUGCGGCUCGCGGAGGAUUGGAAGGGCGUGGUCCAGGUCGGGGGCUUUCUCCUGGCCGCCUCCUGCCUCGUCCCGUCUCGAGGCGCCUCCGGGGAAAGCCACGGCCCCGAGGGCGGAUCCGAGAACCCAGGAGUGAAAACCACAAUGAAUGGUCAUAUUUCUAAUCAUCCCAGUGGUUUUGGAAUGUAUCCAGCUCAAAUGAAUGGCUAUGGAUCAUCACCCACCUUUUCCCAAAUGGACAGAGAACACAGUUCAAAAACAAGUGCAAAGGCCCUCUAUGAACAAAGGAAGAAUUAUGCUCGGGACAGCGUCAGCAGUGUGUCCGAUAUAUCCCAAUAUCGUGUUGAACACUUGACCACCUUUGUUCUGGAUCGGAAAGAUGCUAUGAUAACUGUUGAUGAUGGAAUAAGGAAGCUGAAAUUGCUUGAUGCCAAGGGCAAAGUGUGGACCCAGGAUAUGAUUCUUCAAGUGGACGACAGAGCUGUGAGUCUGAUUGAUUUAGAAUCGAAGAAUGAACUAGAGAAUUUUCCUUUAAGCACAGUCCAGCACUGCCAAGCUGUGAUGCAUUCCUGUAACUAUGAUUCAAUUCUCGCCCUGGUGUGCAAAGAGCCAACUCAAAACAAGCCCGAUCUUCAUCUUUUCCAGUGUGAUGAGAUUAAGGCAAACCUCAUUAGUGAAGACAUUGAGAGUGCGAUCAGUGACAGUAAAGGAGGGAAACAGAAGAGGCGGCCUGAAGCCCUGAGGAUGAUUUCCAAAGCAGACCCUGGUAUACCGCCUCCGCCAAGAGCUCCUGCCCCGGUGCCCCCUGGGACUGUUACCCAGGUGGAUGUUAGAAGUCGGGUGGCAGCCUGGUCUGCAUGGGCUGCUGACCAAGGGGAGUUUGAGAAACCAAGGCAGUAUCAUGAGCAGGAAGAAGCACCUGAAAUGAUGGCGGCCCGAAUUGACAGAGACGUGCAAAUAUUAAACCACAUUUUGGAUGACAUUGAAUUUUUUAUCACAAAACUCCAAAAAGCAGCUGAAGCAUUUUCUGAGCUUUCUAAAAGGAAGAAAAGUAAGAAAGGUAAAAAGAAAGGACCAGGAGAGGGUGUUUUAACUCUGCGGGCAAAACCUCCCCCUCCUGAGGAGUUUGUUGACUGUUUACAAAAGUUUAAACAUGGAUUUAACCUUCUGGCCAAACUGAAGUCUCACAUCCAGAAUCCGAGUGCUGCAGAUUUGGUUCAUUUUUUAUUUACUCCAUUAAAUAUGGUGGUGCAGGCAACAGGAGGUCCUGAACUAGCCAGUUCAGUACUCAGCCCCCUAUUGACUAAGGACACAAUUGAGUUCUUAAAUUAUACUGUCAACAAUGAUGAAAGACAGCUGUGGAUGUCACUGGGCGAAACGUGGAUGAAAGCCAGAGCAGAAUGGCCAAAAGAGCAGUUCAUCCCACCAUAUGUCCCGCGGUUCCGCAACGGUUGGGAGCCUCCCAUGCUGAGCUUCAUGGGCGCACCGAUGGAACAAGAUCUUUAUCAGUUGGCUGAGUCUGUGGCAAAUGUAGCAGAACAUCAGCGCAAACAGGAGACAAAAAGAUUAUCCAUGGAGCAGUCCAGUGUAUCAGAGUAUCCUCCAGCUGAUGGGUAUGCAUUCAAUAACAUGUACACAAGAGGGCCCCAUCUGGACCAAGGGGAAGCGGUUGUGGCUUUUAAGCCAACUCCUAAUCGCCACGUAGAUAGAAAUUAUGAUCCACUCAAAGCACAACCCAAGAAAUAUGCCAAAUCCAAGUAUGACUUUGUGGCAAGGAACAGCAGUGAGCUCUCAGUUCUAAAGGAUGAUAUUUUAGAGAUCCUUGAUGAUAGAAAGCAGUGGUGGAAAGUUCGAAAUGCAAGUGGAGACUCUGGAUUUGUGCCAAAUAACAUUUUGGAUAUUGUGAGACCUCCAGAAUCAGGAUUAGGGCGUGCUGAUCCACCUUACACGCAUACCAUACAGAAACAAAGGAUGGAGUAUGGUCCCAGACCAGCUGAUACUCCCUCUGCCCCAUCACCUCCUCCAACACCAGCUCCUGUUCCUGUCCCGCUUCCUCCUUCUACCCCAGCACCUGUUUCUGUGCCAAAGGUCCCGGCAAAUGUAACCCGUCAGAACAGCAGCUCUGGUGACAGUAUUGUGCGAGAUAACCAGAAACACAAACAACUUCCCAUGGACCGAAGGAAAUCUCAGAUGGAGGAAGUCCAGGAUGAGCUCAUCCACAGACUGACCAUUGGCCGGAGUGCCGCCCAGAAGAAGUUCCACGUGCCACGGCAGAACGUGCCAGUUGUCAAUAUCACUUAUGACUCCACACCAGAAGAUGUGAAGACAUGGUUACAGUCGAAGGGGUUCAGCCCUGUGACUGUCAAUAGUCUUGGAGUAUUAAACGGUGCACAACUUUUCUCUCUCAACAAAGAGGAACUGAGGACAGUCUGCCCUGAAGGGUCCAGAGUCUUUAGCCAAAUCACUGUACAAAAAGCUGCAUUAGAGGAUAACAGCGGCAGCUCCGAGUUGCAAGAAAUCAUGCGGAGACGACAGGAAAAAAUCAGUGCCGCGGCUAGCGAUUCGGGAGUGGAGUCUUUUGAUGAGGGAAGCAGUCACUAAUUUGUUUUUAAACUCCAUUUAAAUUUGUGGCAUUAUUCCAACAUGCUUUGUUUUAAGAAGCCAUGAAGGGAAUGUCAGAUUCUUAUUUCUCAGAAUACUUAAGUUAUCGCCAUAAAGAAACAAUGCAAACAUAAGUAAGCGGAGGACUUGUUUCCUGGCCCAUUAUUUUUAUUAAAACUGAGUAAUUUUAAAUAGCUGUUUUGCCCUUGAGAAAUAUUUUGCCUACUUUACCCAGGUGAGGUUUCUUUCAUUGGAUUAAUUAUUUCAUCCCCCAUCUCAGUGUGUAAGCAGGCAGCUUUUAACAGCGGUGAAUUUAUUUACUGCAGCAAAACAGAGAUAUUGCCCGUGACUUAAAAUCGAAAUAAUUUCAGUUUUGCCCAUGACUCUGGUGUCUGUCAUUCAGAGCGUAGCUUACUUUAGGCUAGCCUCUGCUUACUUAGGUCUCUUCUUUGACAUACUCAAUGAUAGAAUAUUUAGAUGUAUUUAAAGUUCUUAAUGCCAACAGUUUUUUAAAAAAAAUCAGAACAUUUAAUGAACUGUAAAAUACAAGGCCUUGGACAUGCAAAUAUAAACCUAUGGAGCAUUCCCAAGACAGUUCAUUUGUCAUGGCUCUGUUGAUCACAAUUCCUUGUAUAGCCUGUAUUUUGAUUUAGUUUAUAUUCUGCUUAUUAUCUGUAUUGUGUUCUUAUAUAUGAGAAAGCACAAGUGGAAAAGAGAUCAGAUGCAGUCAAAAUGUGUCCCAGAAAGUAGCCCGCAUUGGUGUGCAUUACAGUAUUUUGCUUAAUGAAGGCCUCGGUUCUGAAUAUUGAUAUGAGUAGUUAAAUGGAUAUUGGGGCCAUUUUAUGUGUUUAUCUGUGUCAAGUUUUUCUGAUAAGAAGAAACAAUUAAUUUACAUAUAUUUUAAUCCUGUGAAAGAUUCUAGGUAGAGAAAAGAAAGAUACUUAACCUUCAACAAAUGUUAUUUUUGGAAACACAAUUUUUGUCAUUAAAUGUUAUAUUAUUUCACAUAUAUAAAACAGAUGUUAUGUAAGAAUGUUGUAUAUUUUAACAUAAAUCCAUUUAGAGAGAUUAUCUAGAUUCAUUAAUUUUCAUAGUGCCUUUUUCACAUGAGUCAGCUGGAAAGUCUGCAAUAAACAGUAUUUGCUGUAUG